AAUUUCCAUCAGCUCCGAGAGCCCAAAUCGAGCCGUGGUUUCUAGGUAAAUUCUCACCCUGUAAACUCAUUGAAGGACCUCAGACGGCGCCAACAAGCGGUCAAAAUAAACACGCACCGGGCCCAAAUCAGGCGACCUGGAUCCCGCGACCCAGAACUGUGGCUCAUUUAGGCGUUCUCGACCAACGGUCAAGCGGCUGAGGUGCGGAGUCACAGCUGCACAGCCACAGCCACACCUAACCAUCACCGUGCCAAUUAUGAAGAUUGAGUCAGAGCGACAUAAGGCUGCCUGAAUAAUUAUUACAAUCCUUUUCUCUCUUAAUCCUCCAAAAUGCGAAAGUCGAAAGGCAAAGGCAAAGCCACCGCUACAAGUUCCACCACAUCUUCCGCAUCUCCAGAUGCAGAGAGCACCGGCGCGAUCUUCUUCUGGCACGAAUACGGCCACGCUUAUGGCUUCCUAUCGCAGUGGUACGAGAGCGAAUGGGAGCAUGAGGGCGCGUCGUAUAGCUCGGCGGAGAUGUGGAUGAUGGUGUCGAAAGCGCGGUUGUUUGGGGACGAGGAUGUGGCGCAGCGAAUGCUGAUAGAGACCGAUCCGAAAACACAUAAGGUUCUAGGGCGACAGGUGACAGAUUUUGACCCGAAAGUGUGGGAUGACAACAAACUGCGGAUUGUGGAGGAAGGCAACUGGCACAAGUUCACCAAGAGUAAGCAGGCGGUGGAGCUGCAGAAGUUGUUAUUAGCGACUGGGGAUCGGGAACUCGUUGAGGCCUCGCCGUUCGAUAAGAUAUGGGGCGUCGGCUUUGCAGAGAAGGGAGCGGAGCGGAAUCGUCACAAAUGGGGCCAAAACCUGCUCGGAAAGGCCCUGAUGACGGUCCGAGAGAGGCUUCGAGAGCACGCAAAGGCUGCUAGUACUACCGAGUAGGCUGCGUGAGGUGGACUUGAGGUUGUGUCCGCUUACGCCCAAUCAAAGGCUCGCAAAACGAAUCCCUUGCGACUGUUGGGGGUGCAUCGCAAUGGUAUUUCUAUUGCCAGAGCGGUAGGCGUUACUAGCAGGUAUAUGACUGUAGGAUGUAGCAUGGCAGGAUACGGUCCAGUUUGAAAGAAGCAGAGCGAUACACCCAGAAUCAGAGAGCUGGGAAAUAGCUCAUCUUACGACCGUUGGGAGGGCUCUGCAGUGGUAUCUCUGUUGUCAAAGCGUCGUUAUAUACCAUCCAAAUGGAAUCAGCUUCGAGAAGGAUAAUCAGGCUUUAGCAUCACCUUGAGACCUCAUCAAAGCGCCGCCUUGGCAUGGCUGACGAAUAGUCGCCGCGAUUAGAAUAGGG